ACUCGGGCAGCUGUUUUCUAUGGUUACAAGCAGCAUAGAAGUGCAGCUCCUAUCUACUUGAAUGGGGAAAGAGCGAAAUCUCCAAAACAGCUGGGCAAGAUUACGAUCAAAGAACAUAUCUGAAAUCAGCCGUAAAAUCUGAUAACAAUGUUAUCAUAACUUGUGCAUCUUUAGCACAAAUCACGCUAAAAAAAAACGCUAUUUUUCAGACUGGGCAAGCUACUGCGCAUGCGUGUUCCCCGAGUUGACUGACAGACGAUGUCUGUAUCUUAAAGGUGAAUGGCUUUUUUUCUUUUUUUUUUUUUACCUGUAAGGCGGGACUUGCUUUUAUCCACCCGCCAUAUUGGGCGUUCCAAUUUCUCCCAUUAAAUUUAACACAAGUGGUUUUUCUCAGGCUUAACAGUCUUUGGUAUUACAUUGCAAUAGUGACAUAAAAUAUUAUUUUGGGUGCUUUUUAUAAACGUUUGAUAGUUGAAGUUGCAAAAUUAAAAAAGGGAGAGAUGGAAAACAAAUGGUCUGUUCCUUACAAAAUAAUUAUUUAUAAAGAAUUGUAAGCCCUGUAAUUAUUUGUGUGUAUUCCUGAACGCGCGCGCUGUGUCGGCGCGGUGACGUCAUGCGCGUGCACUUUGAAAAGACGCGCGAGGAAGAAGCGAAGCGACGUGUGAAUCCGGAGCUGUUGCUGCUGUAUCUGCACACUAAUAAAUAAAUAACUAUAAACGUGUGGUGUACACAAACUUAAACAGAUCUCCAUGGCGUUAUUGACACCGUACAGUAAAGUGCCUGAGCUGAACACCGCCACUAUUCUUUUGGUUGAAAAUGAAGAGCAGCUGCAGUCCAAACUGGCCAACGCCAUAGUGCAAUAUGAGAAAGAGUUCAACGUCAAUGUACGACUAUCCAGAAAGCUUCCUCUGCCCAUUGAGAACAAAGGAACCCGACCGCGGAUUGACUUAAUAGUGUUUAUAGUCAAUCUCCAAUCAGAGCGCAGUGUUCAGUCCGUAGAGAGCUGUCUGAAUCAUCUGCACUCUGACUGUUUCCUGGGGAAGGUGUGUUUCCUGGUAACCGAUGCUCGAUGUGGUUCUCACACUCAUGAGCGGUUGGUCAACAUCAGAAAACUGGCUGCUGUACAUCACUGUCCUGUUCUCUGUGCUGAACACAAGACAGCAGAUGGCGUGAAUGCCGCAGCUGUGCGACUCCUCAGCAUUUUGAAGGUGUCUGCGGGAAUGUCACCCACAGCAACCACUGCCCUUUAUCUGUCCACUCUGACCCGCUGCUCUGUGACCUCUGAUGACCUUGAUGAGGAAUGACUUUCAACUGCAAGACGUAGAUGAAUUAGUUUUGCAUUAAGAACUCUGUUAGUAUCAAACUGAGUUACAGUCCUUUGAACAUCAAAAAUUCUCAUGGGCUCGCAAAGUUACGCAUUGCAUAAUAUUUUUAAAAUUGGUGGUCCAUUAAUUUUGCAGUGGGGCAUAUCUAGCGUGUGUGAGUGUGAGCGUGUGAGUGAGUGGGUUUGUGUGUGUGCGUGUGUGUGUUCUCCAAAACAGCAGGGGGAGCCAUUGGGUAGGCAAUGUAUUGUUCUUAACACCACUAUUAAAUCCUAAAGAAAAGGAAAA